CGUUUGGCCAUCGGAUCACGCCUGCAAAAAGACCAGCAGAGAAAUCAACGAAGCGAGAAAAAGAGUUCCAAUUCGUGUUUCGUUCGUCGAAGCUCCAAACCCUAGCGAUUCCCUUCUUGGAUCGCCUCAAACCCUAGCUCUGGGAUCGAUGGAGCUUGUGGGGAGGACGCUGAAGAAGGAGUUUGCUGGCUUUGGGACCUUCACCGGCGUUGUGGAGUCGUAUGAUUCGGCGGCUGGGUAUUUUAGGAUUGAGUACGAGGAUGGGGACUCCGAAGAGGUGGAUUUUGAGGAGAUCGGAGAGAUUUUUAAGGGGAUGGGGGAGGCUGUGCCGGUGGGACAGAUGAGGAGGAGUGCGAGAGGGCGGCGCCCGAAGAAACGGCGACGGAUCGAGGUGGGUUCGGGGGGGUUGGGGGUUGUUGAUUCUGUUGAGCUGAGUGGUGCCCUAGAUGUUGUGAAUGCUGGGGUUUCUGACGGGGGUUUGAGGGAGAAUGGUGAUUUGGGGAGUUUAGGAGAGGGGCAGAUGGAUAUUGAAUGUUUGGAUGGUGAAUUAGUUGGGAAAAAGCUUGAUUUUGAUGGUGAUGGGGAGUUAGAGCAAAAUGCUAGCUUGGAAAAGGGCGACUUUGAUCACAUGGGAGAGGGCUUUCGAGAGAACGGUGGCAAUGAAUUGGGAUUGGAUGGGAAUCAUGGCGGUGAGAGCACUUCUUGCAGACUGGAGAUGGAGGAGCAAGUUCCCAGGAGGAAAAGGGGUAGACCACCAAAAGUUGCUUCUGUUACGCCUUUGAGAAGGAGUGCUCGUAAAGCUUCUGUUGCUUUGCAAUCUCCUGAUGAUCCUGCUGUUGCUAAGGAUGGACCAGUUUCUGAGCAUUCUGCUUGGUAUGGGCUACAGAAUGGUGUACUUUCUGAGGAAUUGAAGCCACUGUUGCCAUCUUCGUCUAGUGAUUUGGGUUUAGAUGGGCUCGCUGUGCUUGAUUUCUUCUCCGUUUAUGCAUGCUUAAGGUCUUUCAGUAGGUUGCUGUUCUUGAGCCCCUUUACUGUAGAAGCUUUUUUGGCAGCACUGAAAUGCACUUCGGCUAAUUCUUUGACUGAUUGGAUACAUUUCUCCAUCUUGCAUUCUCUGAAACCACAUUUAGAGUCUCUCGCGCUAGAGGGAUCUGAAUCAGCAACAGAUUGUCUCAGGAGUCUCAACUGGGAACUUUUAGACAUUGUUACAUGGCCUGUUUAUCUUGCUGAGUAUUUACUAGUUCAUGGUUCACCUUUGAGCAUGGGUUAUAAGCUUACUGAUCUGAAAAUCUUGAGUGAGGGAUACUACAAACAAUCUCCUAUGGUAAAGCUGGAAAUUCUUCGGUGUUUAUGUGAUGAUGUGAUUGAAGUGGAAGGCAUAAGGUUAGAGCUCAAUAGAAGGAUGAUGGAGUUUGACCUAGACGUGGAUGCUGACAAUAAAAUGAGCAUUGAUAGACAAACGAAAGAUUUUAUGAAGACUGACCCAUUCACUCGUGAGGCAUCCGAAGAAACAGCUGAUGGGAAUAGUGAUGAGUGCUGUCUUUGUAGGAUGGAUGGUGUCUUAAUUUGCUGUGAUGGUUGUCCUGCCGCUUUUCAUUCUAGAUGUGUGGGGGUGGCGAAAGAUCUCUUACCUGAAGGAGAUUGGUACUGUCCUGAGUGCAUGAUUAAAAAAAAUGAUGAAUUGGUUAAGCUGGUCAAGCCUUUCCAUGGAGCUGAGUUCUUGGGAAUUGAUCCUCAUGGGCGACUAUAUUAUGAGAGUUGUGGCUAUCUUUUAGUGUCUGAGUUAAAUAACACAGUUCCCUCGUACCAUUAUUACAACAAGAAGGAUGUUGCUGCUGUUAUCAGAGUGUUGAAUGCAUCUCAUGCCUCUUAUUUUACCAUUAUAAAAGAAGUAGCAGCCUAUUUUGAUGUUUAUACUGGUAAGUCUUCUCCAAGCCUUGAUCAUGAAAUUCCCAACAUAAGUGAUGCAUUGAAUGUUCAGAUGGUCUCUCAAUCUUUGUUAAAUUCAAAGGUUGAGUCUAUUAAUGAUGAAUUAUCUGAAAAGAUGGCAACUGUAAAUUCUGCUCAAGAAAAUUGCACUUUGAAAACCUCCAACCUCACAGAUCUGCCCCAGCCUGUAACCUCAAACCAGUAUAUGAGCAUGGCCCUGCCUCCUGCUGGUAUAGGAACCUCUGCAGAGAUCACUCAUGAUGCAGCCUGUGAUAAAAUCCCUCAGAAAUCUGGUGCUGACUGUUCUGAGGAUUCUACUAGCCCUGCCAAGGAAGUUGUCGCUGUAAAACCAAUUCACCUUGCUGUUGGGCAAAAAAAAUGCAUUGGGUUUCCAGGAAGGGGCUUUAAUUCAGUAGUGAAUGAGAAAAUGGAAUUUGAAUCUCGUCAGUUGAAAGCUGACCCUGCUUGUUACCUCAACUGUUAUAGUUUUGGACGAUUAGCUUCAUUUAUUGCAGAGGAGCUGCAGCAUAAGGCAUCUGAGUGCUAUGAUAAGGAGUCAAAGAAGCAUUUGGAUGAUAUAAAAUCAACUCAGCUGAGGGCAAUAGCAAGGAAACACAAAAAGUUUUUGUAUAGCCUUCCAAAACUCUCUGUAGAUGUGGAAAAAGAAAAAUGUGGUUGGUGUUUUUCAUGCAAAACUUCUAGUGAUGACAAUUGUAUAUUUGGAGUUGCUGAUGAUAAACAAUUCGACUGGUCUAAAAAUAGAAUAACUGGCCUUAGAUCUGAAAAGCAAAAGAAAAGGCAUAUCGUCUCUGCAAUACAUUAUAUUUUAUCAAUUGAAGAUCGUAUCAGAGGUCUCUUGUCUGGUCCAUGGGAUAAUCCGUAUUAUAGUAAAUCCUGGCGCAAGUUGGUCAUGAAGGCAACAGAUGUUGCCUCACUUAAAUAUCCACUUCUUAGUUUAGAAUUGAAUUUACGGCGUGUUGUACUUUCAGCAGAAUGGAUGAAACCAGUGGAUUCUGAUCAUAGAGUUGGCUCCGCUUCUCAUGUCUUGACCAGUGCAGCUCAUGACCGCUCAAGUAAUCGGAGACAUGCCAAGAAAAAUUGCUCUGGUGCAGAAUUUGAUUUCUCCAAUGAUGUUUCAUCAUCAGGUAUUUACUGGUGGAGGGGUGGGAGGCUAUCACGGCAAGUAUUUCGGUGGAAGAUGCUGCCUCAGUCCUUAGCAUCCAAGGGUGGUCGGCAAGCUGGAUGCAGAAAGAUUCGUGGUAUAUCUUAUCCUGAUGGUCUAGAGUUUGCAAAAAGGAGCAAAAAUAUUGCAUGGAGGGCUGCAGUUGAGAUGUCGGAAACUAUAGCGCAAUUCAUCUUCCUGGUAAAAGAUUUCGAUUCCAAUAUAAGGUGGACAGAGCUCACCAAUACGCAAGUUUUCUCUCAGUUAGCCAAAGAACCCAAGAAAUCAUCAAAGCCCUUGAAAAAGGUGACAAUCUGCAAAAAAUCAAUGGAAGGUUUGCAAGUCAAGUAUCUACUCGACUUUGGGAAAACAGAUGCAAUUCCUGCUAUUGUCAGUAGAUAUGGAGCCAUGUCGGAUGAAUCCACUGAUGGAAGGAAGAGAUUCUGGCUUAAUGAAUCUCAUGUUCCUUUGAACCUUCUGAAGGUUUUUGAAGAGAAAAACCUAGCCUGCCUAUCAAAAAAGAAAGACUCUGACAUGGUUUUGGAGGAGGAAAACAAAGAUAAUGUGAAGAAGAGAAAACGAUCUGAUGGGCUUGCCUACCUCUUCAUAAAAGCAAAAGGAUUCGAAAAACAAAUCUGUGGGUACUGUAACAAGGAUGUACAGAUCAGGGACGCUGUGAAUUGCCAACACUGUGAUGGUCUUUUACACAAGAAACAUUUUAGAGUGCCUAAAGGUGCUAUCACUACCACUUACACAUGUACCAGAUGCAAGGAUAAAUCUUCUGUGAAGGCAAAAGCUCAAGAUGGCAAAAUAACCAAUACAAAGGCAAAAGCCCAAGAUCGCAAAAUAACCAAUGGAAAGGCAAAAGCUCAAGAUCCAGUUAUAACACAUGUUAAGGCAAAAGCAAAUAAUCCUGUGACUAGGCCCAAAAGAAGAAAACUUUCUUCAGGCAAGCAGUUAGUGGUAAAGCCAAAGAGAAAAAAGAAUGUAAGUCAGAAAAGUUCUAAGAAAGGAAAGAGAGUAAUUUUGAAACAUAAGAAGAAGCGUCUUGGUUUUGAAAACUGUGAAGGAAAGAGAGAACCAAUUGACCCUGGCAUGCAUAAGAGGAAAAGAACAACGAUGCAUUUUUCAUACUGGUUGAAUGGCCUUCUGUUUACAGGAAAACCAGAUGAUGAGCGAGUGAGGAAGUUUAGAGAAGGAAAAGUUUUGCUGCCUUCCCAGUCUAUGGAAGUCCCUGAUAUGCAACCUCUAUGCUGCCUUUGCAAUGAGAAAUAUAAUUCAGGAGCUAUUUAUAUUUGUUGUGAAAACUGUGAAGAUUGGUUUCAUGGAGAUACCUUUUCACUUACACUUGAAAAUAUCAAUAAUCUUAUUGGUUUCAAGUGCCCCAAAUGCCGAAUGAGAAGCAUCCCUGCGUGUUCUUUUGGUGAAGCUAGGUUAGUUGCUGAGAGUAAGCCAAUGAAAGGCAACUCCAAAGAAGAGGUCUUGGUUGUUAAAGUACAAGGGCAGUCUUGAACAUUGCAACUCUAAAGGCAGUGUUCUUCUCAUAAUUUACAAAAGGGUUCACUGGUAUGAGGAACUGAAUUGGUAAUGCAUGCCCUAAUGAACAACUCUUUGCAUCAUGUGCUGAAAAUUUUGUCUUCAAGAUAAACAAGCAGUCACCUAAAAUUCUAAGCUGAAGCCAAGCCUGCUCGAUUACAACAUCAAACAGGAUGGGCUCGGAAAAACCGGUAGAUUUCCAGAAACUUCUGUUUGUUCAAGCACCUGGCUAGCUAACAUUUGACGGACUAACUAGUAACUUCCCUGAACAUUUCUUUCCUAGCUACUGCUCGAAACAAAUUUAUACUGCAGACUGGAGGCAUUAGAUUUUAUCCAAUUUCAUAUUCCAACUUUAUGCAGAAGAUUCUUGAUUUGAGGGUAAUCAUUUGUUACAACUCCUAUUUACUUCUUUGUCUAGAUUUUGCAGUGUAAGAUGAAGACACUACUCCAGUGUUGUUUUUUUUUUCUUUUUUGUUUUAGAUGAAAGCCUCGGUGUUGUUUAGUGCUUUCAGUUAGCUCAGUUACAUCGUACUGCUUUCAAAUGUGAAUCUUAAGGUUGAAUGUUGUUCAAUGGUGCAUUCUGGUCUGUAAAUGAGAUUCCAUUGUUCCAUUCAGGAUUUCUGACCAUGUUGUUACAGGAGUUUAUUACCUCACAAAGUUUUAGGAGGCUAUGAAUUUGUUGAGGUAUGUUGUCUGAAAAUGUUCUGGGCGGUACUUUGGCCCAGUCUAAUGUAACCAAGUGAUUAUAAUAGUCAUUCUAGUUCUCUUUA